CCGGUAUAAAAUACACAUUAAAUAAACCAUUAAACUCAAACAUACACACAUAUAUCGAUACUUACAUACAUGCAGAUACACACAUAAAAAGUAUUUAUUUUCGUUGAUGCAAAAAAUGAUUCUUUAGCAAAAAUUUUAAGAAUACUUGGAUCAUGAUGGAAGCUUGGAUUUGGAUUUUUUUUAUCUUUUCUUUAUUCUCUACACUCGCGAAACAUUCUUGUCAAGUGACACAUGACCAUAGUACCGAAUCUUUAAACCCCAUCAUUAUACUACCAGCCUCGUCCGGAAUCUCGUACGAAUCACUUCAUUAUCCAGUACCCGCGGAACAGCAGCACCAAGUAAUACCACUAGUGAUAAACACGGGAAAAAUUCCUUUAAUAAAUCACGCAGUCCAAGCGCCAAUACAAUACUUUGUACCCAAUAGUGAAAACCGACGCUCACCGAUACAUGAAUCGACACAAUAUUUACUGGCUAGAGACAAACGUGUACAACCUAACACGGAAACAAUGUUAUAUUCAAACGAUGAGGAAAUCCAAAAUCGACCUACGAACGAUCAUAAUAAUGAUCCACCUAUUGGAAAAGCUACAAUUUACUCAGAAACGCAUGUCAGUGGUCAACCGGCAUCGCAAGGGUACAGUUACGGUUAUAAAAUAAUCCGCGGCCAUGUUGGCGAUUCGAAUGACCGACAUGAUGUACCGAGUAUUGUUGACGAUGACGGACCGUCGCGGUCGAGCCAUCAUAAUAUAUCCAGACCACACGAAGCGGAUAGAAUGUUAGAGCACAUUACGAUAGACCCUAGUGCCAAACUACAAGAGGCAAACAACGAACGAAAAACAGAUAAAUCUAAACCACGGUAUAACAAACCAAACAAUAUUUCCAGAACAUUUAAACCGAUAGUUGUUAAGACAGAGUUAAAUGCAACAGAAACUGAAUUGAAAAAAUAUUACAAGAAGGUAAAAAAUGCAGAAACACCAAUCAAUAAGGCGCCUAAUACUGGUGAAAAAUUGACUACAAUAAAUCCUGUUCAGCAGUGAAACUGUCAACUAAAUAAAAUACGGUGGUGGGAUAAUGGCGACCAUACAAACGCAUUAAAUAUCGUUUUAGUAUAAUAUAACUAUAAUUAAUGAGUUAAUAUUAUAAUUUUUUUAUUAUAGUGUUAUUAAUAUAAUAAAAAACAGAUAGUGGUAACUAUUUCAAAAUAAAUAUCAUCGAAAAUACUGCAUAAUAUCAUUAUAUCGACUACUGGCAACUGCAUAGCAUACAAUAAUAAUAAACAUGUAACACUUUUUAAGUGUACUACUCUGUAAUCGAGCAUUAGUUACAUUUAUUUUAUAUUUAAAUAUAUCAUUAUGCAUUUUUGUAAUUCAAUAAAAAAAUAAAUGAUUGGUAUCAUAUUAUACAUUAAUU